AUGACUUACACUUACCCAUCUCCCAACAUCACACGAGCCACUAUCAACAAUGGACCGGUCAACUACGUCGAUCGCCUCUUUGCCGAUGAUCUCUUGGACUUUUUGGUUCCUCUACAAAAUGUAACAGAUGCCACGCCCAAGGUGGUUAUCUUUGAUUCCUCCAAUCCCAACUUCUUCCUGGGGCACAUUGAUAUGAGAACUCUCAAGACCCCCAUCACCGACGAGAAGAAGCAAUUGGGAGCCGACUAUAUUCGCUUCACGCAACUUCUGCAGAACAUUACCUCUACGAUCUUCAUUGCCGAGAUUGACGGCCGUGCUUUCGGGGCCGGCAACGAGAUUGCAGCGCAGAUGGACAUGCGUUUUGUCGGCCCAAACGCGCGCACCGGGUCCUUUGAAGAGGCGCUCGGCCUCAUUGCUGGCGGCGGCGGGCAGACGUACAUGGGUUCCAUCCUGGGAAAGGCGAAAGCCAUGGAGUACCUGCUCGCGGCCAAGUCCUUCACGGGCCCGGAGGGCGAGGCUCUGGGCUUGUUUAACAAGUACUACGACGACUCCCAGGGUCUCAAGGACGGCGUCUUGGAGCUGGCCAAGCGCAUUUCCCUGUUCCCGCGCGUCGCCGUCAACCAGACCAAGUCGGUUCUCAGCUUUUUGAACCCGCCUAAUGAUGCAUUCCAGCUGGAUUUCGAGGCUUUUUACGCCAUUGAACAGGGGCCCGAGCAGCAAGCAAACGUCCGAAAAUUCCUGACAUUGAGUGAGGAUCAGAAUGAUAACCACUAUGAGUUGGGCUUGGGAGAGAGUGUAAUGGCUUUAUAUGACAAGUGGGACGGUUCCAUCGCGUAG